AGCGAGCUGGAAAAGCAGCUGGUGGCACUCAUUCCCUAUGGGGAUCAGAGGCUGAAACCCAGGCAAACAAAGCUCUAUGUUUCCCUGGCUGUGAUGAUCUGCCUGUUCACAUCAGCCCUCAUAUUCUUCUUCCUGUUCCCCUGAUCCAUCCUGGUCCUGCCUGCUGGACUCAACUCUUCUGUUGUGGCUUUUGUGGAUGGCAUCAUCUUGCUUAACACAACUAACAUCCUCAACACUAUCAACAACUACUACCCCAUCACUGUGACCCAGCUCAACAUCGAGGUCCUCCACUUAUGGCUUGUUGUGGGGCAGAUUAAAGUGAGCCACCUUUUGCACAUUGGUUCUUUGGACAGUGAACAGAUGUUCUUUGCAGUGACCAGCAAGAUAUCUGAUGAAAACAUAUAUAAAAUCUGUAGCUGGAUGAAAAUCAAAGUCCAUAAUGUACUUCUGCACACACAGGGCACCCUGACCUGCUCCUACCUGAACCACACAGAACAGCUGGCAUUCCAGAGCUACAACUAUGUGGAUUGUCGGGGGAACAAAUCACUCCCUCAUCCACCGUGAUGUUGCUCGCUGCCCACAGCUCCCUGCUCUCCUGUCUUCCUGUUAUUGCCUUCAUCCACCAAAUGACUGG